AUGGCGUUGUGCCUGCUUUGGAUUGCCCUGAUGGCUGGUUCCGGAUCAAAGACUCUUGUUACUUCAUAUCCGUCGAGGACACGAAUUUUGAGAAGGGUGUUGUUAAGUUCCUUCCUUCCAGGAAAUGUGAAAGGUUUUUUUACCGCGUAUACAGACGUGGACACGGAGGGUACAUGGGUGGCGUACGGUACUAUAAAUGAAACAACCUUUACAGACUGGGAAGAUAACGAACCCAAUGGUAACGUGGGUGAAAACUGCAUGGCGCUUUGGAUUGCAUCGAACUUACAGUGGGUUGAUGUCGACUGCAACGAUGGACAGAAUAGAAUCAUUUGUGAGAAGGAGACAUAA